AGUAUACCUUGAAAUAAAAGCGCCGCACUACGGCCGCUUCCGACUCCACUUCUAAAACACGAAAGGCCGAAAGAAAUGCUAUGGCGCUAUACUCAGCAAUUCGCAGAGCCUCUAAUUCCACAAUUCCUCUUGCAGUUCGCUCCGUCGCUACUUCCGCAACUUCCCAUUUCUCUGCCGCCACCACCGCCGUAGAGAAUAGUGAUUGCGGCAGAGUUUCUCGAAGCUUCUCAAUUCCGGUGCUUCACUAUUCUACCAGCGCAGUCAAGAAGAAGAAGAGCAAACACAGCUCCUUUGAUGAUAUUCUCCUCCAAAUCGUCAAUUCGGAAAUCAAUUUUUCCCUAGAUUCUGAUUUUCAUGACUGCGUUGUAGACAUUCCGGAUGGGUUUCCGUUUAAGGUUCAAGAUAAAGCCGGAGAAAGAGUUAUUGUUCUUACGAGGGAUUAUGGAGAAGAGGCCAUAAGUAUUGAAAUUGACAUGCCCAAUGGCAGAUGUGAAAAUGCUGAAGAUGAUGCUGUUAACAGUGAGGAAGAGAGUGAGUCGCAACCUAGUGUUCCAUUGUCUGUGACCGUGUCAAAAGAAAAUGGCUUGGCACUAGAGUUUGAUGUGAGAGCUUUUCCAAAUAAAAUUUUGAUUUGUGGAAUAUCCAUCAAGGAGCUCAAAAGUUCAAGCAAUCAGCUAGACUAUAGAGGGCCUGCUUUUUCACUUCUAAAUGAAAGUCUGCAGAAGUCUUUCUAUGAAUAUCUUGAAGUCAGAGGGCUGACGGGCAGCACUGCCAACUUUUUGUUGGAGUAUGUAAUUAGCAAAGACAGCAAGGAAUACAUCCGGUGGCUAAAAACUAUCAAGAAGUUUGUCGAGAAUUAGCGUUCGUUUUUUGUUAAUAUUUUAAGUAGAAACUGCAGGUUUGUAGUUGAGGUCAUUGCUGAAGAAACAUUUGGGUAAUGUCAGACUAUAGAUGAUGAAGGUUGGAACGUCAAAGAUGGUAAGAAACGGCAACAGUAAUCUCUACCAUUUUCUUCAGGAUAGUGCUGGCUUUAAAAGAUAGCAUAAGUAGAGGCAAUCCUUGCACAAAUUUGAGUUUUUUGCGACUUUGUUCAAUGGAUUAGAUUCUGUGAGUCUCAGGCAAUUCGUCUACACGUUAAAUGUAGCAAUGAUAAUGUUAUGCAUGAACUGCACAACUUUCUUAAGCUGCAGCAUACAUGUGCCAAUAUAAGAUACAAAAUCAGAUACAUGAGAGAAGCAGAGCUGUGGACCGGCUUUCUCAUAGAGGACAUGUAGUUCUACUACUAUUAAAAUUUAUUGAUUUUGCUGAUGGGACCUUGGCUUGUAUAGUCAAUUAUGACAGAGGUUUUGUUCCCAGAGCUUAGUAUGACUCCCGGGGCUACAUAUAACAAAACAAUAGGGAGGCGUUUUUUCCCCCCUUUAUUGUUUGACAUUGCAGCUUUGGUCCCCCCUAUUUUCUCAUAUAAAUAAGAGAAAACAAUCAUUGUAUAAAGCUCUACAUUAUUAGUUGGGCGUUUUCACCAUUUCCGUUUCUUCUAUGGACAAUACUGGCAAAUUCAUGCA